AUGCUUCAAUCAUCUUCGAGCCUGUCACCGCCUUCAGCUCCUGCGCUUCUUCUGUCUCAGAAGGAAGGUGCGAAGGUGGGGAAUCAAAAAGGGGCUGCCGACUCCGAUGUUUGCUCCGAGGAAACACCCACUUCGGUGGUGGGUUCAGGCCAGGGAACGAAGAAGAAAUGGAGGAUGAAAGGGGGAAAGGCAGCAACGAUCGCAAUAGUCUUCAGGGGGAGUUCAGUGACUACGGUCGACAGGAAACGAAGGAGAAGACAGGCGAAGGAGAAGACAGGCGAAGUAGAAGAGGCAACUGCCUCCUGUUCUUUUUCUUGA